AUGCUACGAAGGUGUACUUCUCUUAUUACCAUUACUUCAACCAUUAUCGCCCAAUCACAUUCUAUUACCCGUUCCAUUAGUACAAGUAUCCCCAAUAGUGUACCUGAGAAGAGUGAGGAGAAUGGAGAUGUGGCCUCUACUACAGAAGAUACACACUCCGCAUACCGUGAACGUCUCAUUCGUGAAAUUCUCUCACGCGAUAAAGAGAUAUUUGAAAUGAAACGACAGCAUGAACUCUCUAUGAUGCGUGUAGAGGAGAACCAGCGCCGUACACUCAAAGACCAGGAGGAUCGUGGUAUGUAUUAUGAGCAGAACUGUAAUGUUCAUACCUUUGACACUGUCUCUGUUGGUCUAUACACACAGCGUAAUACUCUUUAUCACACUAUGGGAGUAGAGAGACUUCGAAAUGUAAAGUUAUUUGUUACUUUACUUGUUACUCUCGCUACUUGCUUUUAUCUUUACUAUCGCUAUAUGAUAAACCCAGAGUGGGUGUAUGUGGAGAAGCCGUUGAAAAUCCUUGGAAGCCGCGUUGGUGCCCUGAGAGAGUUGCGCGAACAGAUAGCAGCGGAAGAGGAAAAACAGCUUCUUUCAGUUCAUUCAAAUACACGUUUUUAA